UCACACAUGCCAAGAGAAACAAACAUCAGAACAGCAACAAGGACCAGAGCGAGGUGACAGACAGCUUUUUAAGAUAAUCGUAUUCUUAUUUAUGACUACAGUUUAGAUCAAACGAGAUUGUUGCGAGCGACACGGCAAGGAAAGUGGAAUCAGCCAACCUGGGUUCCUUAUAAGCUCACUGACUCAGUGGUCACAACGAAUGAAGGAUGGCUGGUGUUUUCGAUAUUGACCUGGAGUCAGAAGACCUUAGCGAUGCAGAGGAUGACGUUUGUGACUUCACCUUAGCAGAGACAGACCUUGUUCAGACAGAAGAGAUAGAGCUGACCAGUGCCAUUGUCAACAGAGACAGUGAGAGGAUCGGACCAGACAGCUUUGAGCUGCUAAGUGUGCUGGGCAAGGGGGGCUAUGGCAAGGUUUUCCAGGUACGGAAAGUGCAGGGUGCACAGACAGGGAAGAUAUUCGCAAUGAAGGUUUUAAAGAAGGCGAAGAUCGUGUGUAACGCCAAGGACACGGCCCACACGCGUGCAGAGCGGGAGGUUCUGGAGACGGUGCGGCACCCCUUCAUCGUGGACCUGCUGUACGCCUUCCAGACCGGGGGUAAACUCUACCUCAUCCUGGAGUGUCUCAGUGGUGGAGAACUGUUCAUGCAGCUGGAGAAAGAAGGAAUCUUCAUGGAGGACACAGCCUGUUUUUAUCUGGGCGAGAUCGUGCUAGCUUUGGGACACCUCCACUCAAAUGGAAUCAUCUACCGAGACCUCAAACCAGAGAAUAUCAUGCUGAACCACCAAGGACACAUCAAGCUGACUGACUUUGGCCUGUGUAAGGAGUCCAUUCACGACGGAGCGGUCACGCACACCUUCUGUGGGACCAUAGAGUACAUGGCUCCAGAGAUUCUGACGCGUACAGGACACAACCGGGCGGUGGACUGGUGGAGUCUUGGAGCCCUGAUGUAUGACAUGAUGACGGGCUCGCCUCCGUUCACUGCUGAAAACAGGAAGAAGACCAUUGAUAAGAUCUUGAAGUGUAAACUCAACCUACCGCCCUACCUCACACUGGACGCCCGAGACAUGAUCAAAAAGCUGCUGAAGAAGAGUCCUCUUCAGAGGCUAGGCUCCAGUGCGGCAGACUGCAAAGACAUACAGAAGCAUCCCUUCUUCAGACACAUCAACUGGGACGACCUGCUGAAUAAGAGGUGUGAGCCGCCCUACAAGCCAUGCCUGCAGUCGGAUGAGGAUGUGAGUCAGUUUGACACGAGGUUCACCAAGCAGACUCCGGUGGACAGUCCUGACGACUCCACAAUCAGCCACCAGCACGAACACGCCUUCACUGGUUUUACCUAUGUGGCUCCCUCUGUGUUGGAGAGUCUGAAGGAGGGCUUCUCCUUUGAGCCACGGACACGUCCCGUACGCAGACACAACAGCAGUCCACGCACCCCCAUCAGUCCUCUCAAGUUCUCUCUCCCCGGGUCAUUCGCCAAGUCCACAGGAGGAUCAGGGGGAGGAGAGAGCGAGUCGGACCUUCUCUCCCAGACCUCGUUCCAUCUCCCGCCAACCACCCCGCCCACCGACAACGGCGCCACGCAGCCAAUCCGCACGCCGGGCCGGAACAAGAAGCAGAAGGGUAACCGGAGAUGAACUGGAGUAGGCGGAGUCAGGAGGAGUCCGAGCUUUUGGCCGCGUUCCAGGCCGAUUACUUUGCAGUCGUGCCGCGCGCAUCCACCAAUGGCUGAUUGCCACUUCAUCAACAGUUGGGCGCUGGUUGCUAUAUCAUACGAUGUGGUUAGCUGAUAUGUUUAACACCUAUCCAGGCAUUGUGACAUCUGGCAGACGACUGCUAGUCCGUCUUGAACGCGGCCGUCCUCAGGAGGCCCUGUGUUUCUCACAGGCUGAGUCCCAAACCUCAUACUGCGCACUCGCCCUUCCCCUUAUACCCUCGUUGACUCAUUCCUUUGAGGUCUGAAUGGGGGUGAGCUUAGUGGUCAUUUUGAAGAGCUACAGGGUGUAUAGCUCUUUGUUCCAGCCAAGCACUAACACACCUGAUUCAGGUCUUGCUGAUUACUCUAGUAGAAUCAGAUGUGUUAGUGCUGGGCUGGUGCCCACCGCCACCUACCAGGGUUGUGACUAGAGGGAAGUACUACGACCGGACGUGACUUUUCGUAGCAGGUUAGGAGAUCAUUUUAGCGAACCCUAACCCUUUUCUUAACCUAGGUCUCCUAACCUGCCACGUUAAUGAUCCUAACCUGCAGCAUAAAAGUAACUUUUGGUUGUAGCUGUACUCCCUCUAGUCAGAACCAGCUACCAAGGGUGGGGUCAAUAUCUGUUAAUUUCUGAAUUGACUUGAAAUGGAAUUGACCCUGACCUUGCUUACGCUACGAGGGCCAGCCACUGCUUCUACAUGUCCAGUUGUCACAGACCCACUAAGGGAAGUCCACACGAGUUUAGGGAACGGGUCGAGUUAUCAGUUUGGGAUCCAGCCACUUCACUUGAAAUGUUUCUCAACUUGGCACAUAAGCAAAGAGAACACCAACUACUGCCAAAGCAUUUGACAUUGCCGUUAUCAAAAUGUUAAAGGUCGACUUUGGGCAGAAAUAACAGCUUUAAACUGUAUAACUGAUCAAUGCACUAUCAUACCAGGUUAUUUAAUGCUUUAAAAAACAAACAAUUUGAUGAAUAAGACAUUUCACUACAGAAGUGGCAUUUUCUCCCUGAGCUCCAGUUUCUGGCAUAAAACAAAUCAUGUGAAAUGUCGUCCACAUGUACUGGAGGAGUUCCUGGCUAGCUACAUUGGCUAGUGUAGCGAACUUGGUCGCGGCACGCAUGACCAGAAAAACACAUCAAUGAACCACCAAAGGCACAGCCCAUUUUCUGUUUGGAAGUUGAGAAAUAGGCAGAGUUGGACCGUAUUUCGUUCCCAAAGUCGACCUCUAAAUGGUUCAUUUUAGGCUAGUGAUCAUUGUCAUAAUGCAGGAAUUAAAGUAUUGAAUGACGCACAUUUCCAAAAACACUUGUGUAAAAUAGACACUCGGCUUAAAGAUAAUCUUUAAAAUAUAUAGUAUUUUUUGAUUUAUGGGAACGACCGCAUUUGUACACGAGCUCGUAUUACAGCUGUGACGCAAUCCUGCUCAUAUGUAUGAGUCCCAUGUGUCUGAAGCAAUGUUGAAUUAGCCUUUUAUUUUCAACAUGCACUCCUACCAUUUACUUUACUCAUGUCACGUAGAACCAUAGUUCUAGCAAACUGUUGUAUAUGUGGGCAGACCUGGGUUCAAAUAGUAUUUGUUUUCUAACCGCUUUAGCUCUGCUUGAUUGAGCUUGUCUUGCGAAAUUUGACCAAUGGUCGGAACUCUGCCCAUCUGGCGUUCCAGUCAGGCUCAAUCAAAUGAUCAAAGAAAAUGGAUACUAUUUGAUUUUGAACCCAGGUCUGGUGCCAACGUGGCACACGUUCACAUUCUUUGGCGAAUUCUGUUUAUCCAUGGCUCUUUCAUAAACCAUCCUGUCUUACAAUUGUGAGGACUAGUUUUGGAGGACACAAGACAUCUAUCUAUAUGUCAUAUAUUGGUCUGGGGAGGGAAAUAAUAUUGACAAAUGUAUAUUUCAUUUAAAUAUAAUAUUAUUUAAUGGACUGAUAUUUUCUGGAUCAAAGUGGAAUAUUUUAUUUUUUCUGGCUAAUGUGGUGAGGAAGAUAGGGUUGCAGAAUCCUGAAGAAUAAAGACAUAUUGAAUGUCUGGA